AUGCCUCCCAAAGGAUCCAAGAAGAAGGGCGGACGCAAAGCCAAAGCUGCAGUCGUCGAAGAAAUUCCCAAUGUCGAGCCGGAGGUCGAAACGCCUCAAGAGGACACCCAAAUGAACGUUGACGAACAGACAACCACUGAACAACCAGAAGCCUCGACAUCAGCUAAACUCGCCUCGACAGUCACCAAUGCCGUGGUCGAAGCCGAGCAUGCUGUAGAACACGCUGUUGAAAAGGUGGUAGAAAAGGUGGCCGAGGUCGGUGGGGCGGCGAAGGAGUUUGUCGAGGAGAUGACGAUGACUGGUGUGGAGAGUGGGAGCAGUGGAAAUGCGAGUGAAAGUGCGACGCCGGGCGCUCAGGAGUCGGGCAAAGACGAACCUAUGGAACAGGAUAGCUCCAGGGAGGCCAGUCAGAGCGCUGAGGCGGAAUCGAAACCGAAACUGACGCUUGAAGAACGAAGAGCAAAGAUGGAGGCUUUGAGGAAGAAGAUGCGUGAAGGGACCAUGGCCAAUCGACAGUCAUUAGCUGAAGAAACGGCCAAAGCCAAACUCACUGCUCGCGAAUUGGCUCGGCUCGAGAGACAGCGCAAACUUGCUGAGACACUGCGGUUAAAGGCAGAUGCGGAGGAAAGAGGAGAGGAUGUGGAGAGGAGGAAGAAUUGGGAGUAUACCAUCGAAGAAAAUGAUGAAUGGGAAAAGAAGUUGGCAAGGAAGAAGCGGAGAGCAGACUUUGAAUUCCAUGAUGAUGCCCAGGCAUCGAGACGCCGAUAUAAGAAGGAUUUAGACCAAAUCAAACCCGACCUAGAAGCCUACAACCGACAGAAGGCUCUUGCUAUGGGCCUCAAUCCCUCGGCGAACGCUCUCACGUCGUUCAGCUCGACGGACGUAGUGGCGUCGUCAUCUUCGUCUGCUUUGCAGGCCGUGUCAAGUGAAGAGCAGCGUAUUGCCGCUGAGAACCUUUACCGUGACGCAAACACCCUCAUCUACGGCGACAGCAAACCCUCCGACGAGGCAAUCGACAGAGUCGUUGGCAAGAUCAAUAAGGACAUCGACAAGAAGGCCAAGUUCCAUCGCAAGCGUCUCAACGAAGACGAAGGCGACAUUACCUACAUCAACGAACACAACAGGGUGUUCAACAAAAAGAUUGCCAGGUAUUACGACAAGUACACUGCCGAAAUCAGAGCGAGCUUCGAGCGUGGUACUGCUCUCUGA